AGGAGAGCUGGGCAGCUCGGUGUUGAGCCUCCCUCCAGUGAGGUCCUUUGGCGAGGGCUCCUUGGCCUUGGAAGACUCCAUAGACUCCUCCAAGACCUUCCCCAGCACCUUAUUCUCGGAUGGCCCUGUCAUGAAGAUCGAGGACUCAGAAGAUCCCUGGCCACCCAAGGUGUCCCAGCUGGGUACCCAGGAACAUCCGAGACAUCAGGUGGAGACGCCCUUCACGGUGCUGGAAGCGGCUCGGAAGUUGGAGCUGCGCCGUGCUGGGCGGGUCGAAGCGAGGCCCUGGGUGAAUCCGCCCUUCUCUCCGAGGCCGCCGCCGCGGAAGCGCACGCCGCGCAAGAAGUAUCCGGUGCAUCCCACGGAUCCCCUGGCGCCUCGCCACCCUUCGGCGUCGCUGAGGCUGCCUGGGGGCCAGUGAACUGGAUUCACGCACCGAAAAACGCUUCUCUCGACAAACCGAGGAGGCGAAGGCCACGCAACUCACCGAACAAGGUGUCAGUCGACUCCACCAGUUGAGAUGGCCCUCGCUGGAGCUGGAAGUCAGCUGCAAUUCAGUCCACUGUGACGUCCGGUGUUCAUAGGUG